CCGCCAACCACCAAAUCUGCGAACACCAGCGAUUUCCACAAUCGGAUUUAUCUUCUAAACAUCAGCAAAAAAUUAACCUAAGUAUUAAUUACCAUAAAGAUAUAUUUAUGGCGGGACCAUAUUUAUCUCCACUUCCGGGUGAUCUCCUUACGGAGUAUAUGUUUGGAAGGCGAAGGCAAAGAAGAAAUCGGACAACUUUUAGCCCCCAACAGUUGCAAGAAUUGGAAGCAUUGUUUCAAAAGACUCAUUAUCCGGAUGUCUUUUUAAGAGAAGAAGUUGCUUUGAGGAUUAGUUUAUCAGAAGCUCGGGUGCAGGUUUGGUUUCAAAAUCGAAGGGCUAAAUGGAGGAAACAAGCGCGGCUUCAAUUGCUUCAAGAUGCUUGGAGGAUGCGUUGUUUAGGUUUAAGUACUCCACCAUUAUUACUUACAGGGCGUCCAACAGCUCCUGGUUUACCAACCGAAAUCUCACCGCAAGAUAAACAUCCAGAAGCUAACUUUUCUUCGAUGCUUCAUCAUCAUAGCUCGAUUCCAGGACCACAUCCUCCGUGUCCAUGUUCACCAGAUAACAGCCACAGUCCUUCUAGUUUAAGAAAUACCCCAAGCCCAAGAUCAAUUUCACCCGGUGGACCUGACGAUUUAUCUAUUUCCAAGAAAUUACCCGAUAGUUAUUCACCAAACACACGAGUCGAUGUCAACAACUAAAAAUAAAAAAUAAAAUAAAAAAACUAAAAAGAAAUUAUUUUAGAAAUAAGGGAAUUAUAUCGAUAACAAUCUUAAAUUCAAUUAUUUGUAAUUAUUAGAAUUUAACGAAUAUUUUCUUAAAUUAUUUUUAAUUUUAGACUAGAUGAUCUUGAGAUGAUAAUGAAGCGAUUUUAGGGUGCAAUAGGAGUCGUAUUUGAGGUAGUUUAUCAAGAUCUUGUAAAUAAAUAUUGAGUUUGGAGAUAAUUUAAAAAA